AUUCAGCGAUACGCAGCAGGUGAGGUAGCGUUUCGACCACCUGGACCCUGAGGGGGUGCGCUACGGGCUAGCUCCGAUGAGCGGCGCCUUCUCAGUCCAUUUGUUUGACAUUCAUCUGUUUCCUUCACUUAUUCCCGCGACAGCGAGCUAAGCGAAUGUGCUGUAUCUCCAUUUUGGGUAUAGCAGAGUCGCGUCGCUUGAGACGAACCGCGUCGAUUCUCUCACGUGCCCUCGGCUUGGUCCCGAGCUGACUGGCGGCCAGGGAAGUGAUUGCGGGGGAAAAACGCCGUGGACUUGGCAGCAGAAAUGUGUUCUGAACGUCACUGAACACUAGGGAGGGAGGUCGCCUGGUUUCUUCUCUCUCACUUCACUACACAUUCUUCAUAUAUGUAGUCUUCCUCCUGAGCGGGCGUUUUGGGAUACGUUGGUGAUGGGCCACUAGAAACAUGGUGCACGGACCGCAUGUUUCGUACCUUGUAGCUUCCCGUUUCUAUUAGCAGUACAUGGAUUUUUGAUUUCCCUUGAUUUGUUACCGUUCCGUUAUCUCUAGUAUUUCUUCUGGCGCGAGUCUGCAAUGGAGGGUAUGGGGUCGCUGCGCAGGCGGUGCGCUGCACUACCGCUCGUCGCGGGGUUCCUUGUUUUUCUGGGUUCGAUUGGCGUAAAAGCGGAUCUUCCCAUUCACGCCACGGUACAUGACAUCAAGGGAGACUGGACGUUCUACUUGUCUCCAGCUGUACCCGGAGAUGUUAGCAACUGCGGCUCCCCAAGCCCAAAUACAAACACUUCGAAUCUCCGCGAAGAACUCAAGGACUACAAGUCAUUCUUGAGCACUCAAGGGGGAAUCAAGAAGGAACUACGGGUGUCACUGACUGACAUUCCAGUCUCGUUCGCAACUACUCGCACUGCCGCCGCACUCGAGAAUCCCCACAGGCGCACCUGGAAAACGUUGGGUGUUUUCGAUGGCCAGGAUAAGCGGAAGCUUGUUGGCAGCUGGACAACGGUAUACGACGAAGGUUUUGAGGUGGACGUUGGUGGCCGCAUGAGGCUCAUGGGGUUCAUGAAAUACAACCCGCAGAAUAACUGCUCGAUCGUCGACGGGGACUUGGAGAACUCUCAAGGAAUCACAGACUGCUACGCAACCGACCCGACGCGAACGCAGAUUGGUUGGUACAUCCAGCAGGCAGAAGAUGGCUCUCGUUUGUCAGGAUGUUUCUAUGCGGAGAAACCCAAGGCUGCAAGUUCAACUCCCGCCGCGUUCGUCGCGAUCAAGGAAACCACGAGAGUUGAACCUGCUUCUGGUGCCUUGAUUGGCACCGACCUGAAAGACUCAACUUCGUACAUCUCUCAGUCGUUCGUGGAUACACACAACGCGUCUCCUGCCUCAAGCUGGCGCGCGGGUGUCAACUCCGUUUUUGCGAACAUGAACCGUCGAGAUCUUUCUCGCUUUGUGAAGGAUUUUGGCUUCAAAAAAAUGCGACCUGCAGGUGACAGUGCCGAUGGGCUUUCGUUCAUGCAGUCUAGCACUGACAUUUCAACUGCAGACGGAGACGCCGCCUCCACACAGGUGUAUGCAUGCCCGUGCAAGAAAGGCGAAAGGUCCCUAGACACGCGAAAGUUGGAUGAGUCCGAACAGACUCUGGAGGUGCUGUCUCCUGUGAGCGCUCUGGAAGUUGGACACACAAACUUUUUGGCCGCAAUCAAUCCCCACGUUCACGAGAGCACAGCCACGAACGGACUCGACGCUCAAGGCACGCAAGCUGUGGCAAAAGCAGCACUGUCCGGCGCGGGUGCAACGAACACUCAGGAGCCCCUGCUACUCCCCAAAGACUUUUCGUGGUCGGAUCCGUUCUCGAAUCAGGCAUUUGAUGAGACUGUCACCAACCAAGGCAGCUGCGGGAGCUGCUAUGCCGUGGCAGCAACCUACGCGCUGCAGAAGCGUUUCGAGAUUGCAGCUUCUCGCAUGCUUGGGCAGGAAAUCCGACUUUUCAGCGCCGUCCAGGACGAGGCGGACGGAGCGUUGUCCUUUUUGGACCUUGGCAGUACGAGCCAACUCGGCGAGUUGUCUGCACAGUCAAUCCUGUCUUGCUCCUUCUACAAUCAAGGCUGCGACGGAGGCUUCCCGUACCUCGUGGGGAAACACGCGCGAGACAUUGGUGUUCCGCAAGCCAGAUGUAUGGAGUACCAAGCUGACCACACACAAGGCUGCCCAUUUCAAAAGACGGCUUCGGCCUCAGAGAGCCAAUCGAUGUUGCAGGCUGACGCGAAUGCAGGAGCGUGUUCUGAGCACGCAAGAUGGUAUGCGAAGGACUACGGCUACAUUGGCGGGUGCUACGAGUGCAAUCACUGCUCUGGUGAAAAACAGAUCAUGUUGGAGAUUUACAAUAACGGUCCAGUGCCAGUUGCGUUCGAUGCACCGCCUUCUCUCUUUUCCUACAGAUCCGGGGUCUAUGAUGCGAACUCGAAUCACGCGCGCGUGUGUGACAACGAUUUGCCCCACCACACCGGAAUUCUCACCGGGUGGGAAUACACGAACCACGCAGUCACAAUUGUGGGAUGGGGAGAGACAGAUGGUGAGAACGGAAAACCGCAGAAGUAUUGGAUUGUUCGGAACACGUGGGGUCCCAACUGGGGUGUCGACGGAUACGUGAAGAUUGCGCGCGGGAAGAACUUGGGGGGCAUCGAAAGCCAAGCUACUUUCAUCGACCCAGAUUUCUCCAGAGGUCAAGGCUUGAAAGUGGCGAAAGCUAUUGAAGCUCUGAAAAGUAAAACAAUGUGAGAGAAAUGCCCCGUGAGGUUCUGCGCUAGUCGAUUGCCUGGCAAAAACGCAGUGGAACGGGUUUCGACGGGUUCGUCUAGGACCACGGGAAACUUGCAAAAGAUGAAUGUAGUGUUUUCUCAGCAGCUCGGGUAUCCGCAUACAGGGAGGCCUGAGCCAUUUAACGCGGAACGUUUCGACUGUCGGUUGUAUGAGAGGCACUACAGCGCCAUCUCAGAACAAUACGCUAUAAGAAUCAGAUGCAUAUGACGCGUCAUUUCAAGAGUCACCAGUUCUCGUGACUGUUCCGAGUGUUAAGUGCUAACACUCCAAUGUCGUAAACCAAUCAUAACCAUUUGCUUGACUUCAUCCAAACUACGAUUUCUCCUCUGCAGAACUUAAUUACCCAUUGUGAGAAGGCGAUAUCCUGCAACAGUCAGAAACUUCCGUGUGCGUCGGAAAGCAUUCGCGUGGUGACCCAG